ACGUACGCACGGACGCACGCACACACACACGCACUCCAACUCCUAAUUCAUUGUGCGGUCCUAAGGCUUCUUCCCAGACUGGACAUUCAAUUCCUGCUGCUGAUGUCAGCUUAUUUGCAUAUCGACUUCCGCCCCGAUCCUUCACUUCUGUAUCAGGCUGCGCAGCGGAAUCUGUGCGUGGAUGGGUUACUUGGCGAUCUCGCAUCUCGAUUUCAACUUUUACAAAUCUCCACAGGAUUGGAAUCAGAUUGCUUUUAAAGUUUUUUUUUCUCUUACUGGUGACUGUUGAUGCGUGAGCGUGGACAAUCACUGAUUACUUCCAAUGUACACUUUAAAGGAGGAUCCGGUAUGGGCAUUUAAAUAAAGAGGAAGACCUGUACUCUAGUGAGUGUUCGAUAUGCUCAGGCAUCACUGGAGUUGGGGGGGUCUUCAUAUCUGGAGAUACCAUGCAUAUCUUGCCUUAAUGAAGUCGUAGGAAGGGGGAAUACUACACUUGUUGACACGAAGGCACGAUUCAUUUGGAUUUCCUCUGAGGUGACGCGUCUCGUUUUUUUGGGGGGGUUUUCUUACUUUAUUCAUUUCGCCUUACCGUGAGAAACUGCUCGUUUAAUCGACAAGGAUGUUUUGCACUUGUAAGUCAAGUUGAAGGAUACAGGUCUGUGCGGAAGUGUUUCUUUUUCGUGCAUGGUGCUUCUAUAUAGGAUUAUUACAGCUAUUGAAUGCUAACCAACCUGGAGGAUCCACUGCUGGACUGGAAGGAGUAAGCAGGCAUGCUUGUCCCAAGACGGCACCGGAGUAAGAUCACUUGGAUGACUUGAGUUCGGAAGUCUUAAAAAAACAAUAAUGCGCACUUUCAAUUUUAUCGCUUCGCGUAUGCACAACGGUGUUGACUGCCUUCCAACUUCCUUAGCCUGACUUGAAUGCUUUAUAUACACGACCAAUAUGCUUUGCUCUUACCUGAGGUAUACCCUGAUCGCCGAAAACUCGGCGAUUUUUCAUGUAUAACAGAAGCGAGCUUCUGGAUUGCUUUUCUUUCUUUUUUUCUUUUCAUUCUUUUUAUUGAUCGGAGAGUGGAUUUUUUUUUCUGGAGACGCAGGAUUACGGAGACCGCGUGGCAAUUCUGUAUCUUUGUUUUUUUUCUGUUAUUGACACUUUUAUCCAACAAUAAAUAAAAAGGUAAUCGAAGGCUGAAUUUCCGACGAUGAUUUACGUCAUUCAACCUGCAGCUUUGCUCACAUACGGACUCCUCGUUUCUGCGGUGUUUGGAUCUGAUGUGCUUUUUAAUGACCAGACAAGAAGAGUGGCUCCAGACAGCUCAGCCAUCCUUACAGACCCCUGCCUUACAGUGUCCCCUCCUUGUGUCAGUGAAGAGGACAGACUCAGUUUGGAGGCUCUGCGCCACAUUCAUAAGCAGCUUGAUGAUGACAACGAUGGCGGAAUUGAAGUUGAUGAAAGUGUUGAGUUCAUAAUUGAAGAUAUGAAACAGCAUCAAACCAACAAACACAGUAACUUGCACCAGGAAGACCAACAUAUCACAAUCGAGGAACUAUGGAAAUGCUGGAAGUCGUCAAAGGUGCACAACUGGACAGUGGAGGAAACUGUGCAGUGGGUGAUUGACUUUGUUGAACUUCCUCAGUAUGAAAAGAACUUUAGAGAGUACAACGUUAAUGGGAAUACCUUGCCAAGGAUUGCUGCAAAUGAACCUUCGUUUAUGACAUCUCAGCUGAAGAUUUUGGAUCAGCGCCACAAACAAAAACUGAAUUUGAAAGCUCUGGAUGCAGUUUUGUUUGGACCCCCAAUUCUACCUCCCCAUAACUGGAUGAAAGAUUUUGUCUUAAUGAUUUCUAUUAUUAUUGGAGUUGGAGGCUGCUGGUUUGCUUAUGUGCAAAAUAAAACUUCGAAGGAACACAUUUCAAAAAUGAUGAAGGAUCUAGAAAGCCUUCAGACUGCUGAACAGAGCCUCCGUGACCUUCAAGAAAGACUUGAGAAAGCCCAGGAAGAAAACAGGACAGUUGCAGUGGAGAAGCAAAAUUUGGAGCAGAAAUUGAGAAGUGAAAUAAAUGAUGCCAAGAAGGAGGCCCAACGUCUUCGAGAGUUGAGGGAGGGAGCAGAAUGUGAACUGAGCAGACUUAAAUAUGCUGAAGAGGAGCUGGUUCAGGUUCGCAUGGCAUUAAAAAAGGCAGAGAAGGAGUUUGAGAUUCAUGGAAACUGGUCGAUUCCUGAAGCUUUGCAGAAAUGGUUACAGCUUACACAUGAAGUGGAAGUUCAGUAUUACAAUAUUAAAAAGCAGAAUGCAGAGCUUCAGUUGACCAUUGCCAAGGAGGAGGCAGAGAAAAUCAAGAAAAAAAGGAGCUCUGUCUUUGGGACAUUGCAUGUUGCCCACAGUUCCUCUCUGGAUGAGGUGGACCACAAAAUACUCGAGGCAAAGAAGGCUCUCUCUGAGGUGACAGCCUGCCUGCGAGAGAGACUCCAUCGCUGGCAGCAGAUUGAAAAACUCUGCGGUUUUCAUGUUGUUCUCAAUCCUGGAUUACCCAACCUCACUGCCACUCUUUAUUCAGACCACAGCUGGGUGGUCAUGCCACGAGUGUCUGUCCCUCCGUAUCCCAUUGCUGGUGGAGUUGAUGACUUAGAUGAAGACACCCCUCCAAUCAUUCCACAGUUUCCUAUGCCCCUAAUGAAACCUGGCCAACUGGUAAGGAGCAGUAGUCAGUGCCGCUCCCGACGCAGCAUAAUGAGCUCAGCUACCCAGCCUUCCAUGCUGUCCCCAGAUCCUGACCUCCUGUCCAUGGCCAGUUGUCCUCCACCAACGUAUCGUACGGAAGAAGAGGAAGAAGUAAUCUACUUUAGUGCUGAGAAGAAAUGGGACACUCAAGAUACGUGUUCAGAGAGUGAUUCUUUAAGUUCCUCACUUGGAAAAAAGCAAUUUGUAGGCUUAGAAACACAGGAAGUUCCAUCUAGAAGAACCUCCAGGGAGGAGAGAUUAAGAAGAAUUUCUAGGGAUGAACAGUCUGAUCAAGAACUGAGUGCUGCAGAUUCCCCAACAUCUUUUGAUCAGUCGAAAGUUUAUUCUGACUCUGUGGGAACUACUGAGUCUAAAAGUAUGGUUUUCAACCCUACGAGCAAGAUGGUUUACAAUGGUAUCCUGGAGAAAUCCUACAGUAUGGGCCAGCUGUCAAGCGCAGUAUCUGGUUCCGAGAACCGUUAUCCUUCUCUUACUUCUCUGAACACUGAAGACCGAGUGGCGAGGGAGCAUAAGUUAGUUUCCCAAGAGUCAUGUGAUAAUGGAGACAAGUCUAAGAGGUCAAUAAAGAUAAAGAACAUCUUUAAAAAGAAAAAGUAAAGAAGUUCCUCGACUUUGAAUAAUGCCAAAAUAAGCAAUUUGAGACUUUUCUAAUGGAAUGUAGCUUCAUCUGGGUGCCCCAGACUUGAAGCCAUAUUGGAAUGCAUCUAAAUUCACUCAUAGCCUCAUAGUUAAACCAUCUUCAAAGGUCAGAACGUCACGGCCACCAUCACCUAGAAAUCAAGGAAGAGUGUGAACUGUUUACUGUCACUUUUGCUUAUUUAUUGUUUUUUUUUUUCUUUUUUUUUUAGUUAGACAAAUGUCACUUUUUGGAAUUCUGGUAUUUAAGCUUUAACAGAGUUCUUGUUUACUAAAGCCUUGAGUGGUCUUUGCACAGAGCUGAAAUAUAUACAUACUGGACUAACUUACCUGCAUUAGAAUAAGUACCUAGAUGAAGUUUGUUCUGCAACUGUGAUCAGAGACAAAAGGUACAAUCUCCUGCGGGUAAUGUGAUAUCUUUCUGAUUUUUAGUAAAACUAAAAAAAUAAUAUUCUAUGUUUUUACAAAUACGUUUUUAAGAAUAGAAAGAGUUUUUAAUGUUCAGGUUUCAAAAAGAGUUUUUAAAUUGACAUGAAUAAUGCUAUCCAUCCCCUUCAUGUGUUUCAGCCCAUAUUUUAAAAUAAAUGCGUGUCUUUAAAGGGCUUGACUCCUACUGUGAUUUGACUCCAUCUAAGAUGGACCCAAGUCGGAGCGAUUUUUUUUUUUUUCCCCCCAUUCAUGUUUUCUUUCCACAGGUGAUGGUAAUAUAACCUGACAGGUUUUUAUAAUUCAGCAAUUAUGAAGCAAAAAAAAAUUAAAGAAACCUGUUUACAAAAUUAUAAGGGUUUUAAAAUAUUUGGUGUGUGGAUCUUUGUACUGUAGAAUCUAUUAAUAAAAAGGAGGCAUUAUUACA